AUGGGAGAUAUCACGCUGGAAACGCUGAUGGACACACGGGUGGCUACGGCUGAGCUAGGCUGGACGGCCUACCCUGCAUCUGGGUGGGAGGAGGUAAGCGGCUACGACGAGAACCUCAACACCAUACGGACCUACCAGGUGUGCAAUGUGUUCGAGCCCAGCCAGAACAACUGGCUCCUCACCACCUUCAUCGACCGACGUGGAGCUCAGAGGAUCUACGUGGAGAUGCGCUUCACCGUGCGUGACUGCAGCUCCAUCCCCAACGUUCCCGGCUCCUGCAAGGAGACCUUCAACCUUUACUACUACGAGACGGACUCGGUUAUCGCCACCAAAGGAACCGCUUUCUGGAUGGAAGCCCCCUACUUAAAGGUUGACACCAUCGCGGCUGACGAGAGCUUCUCCCAGGUGGACUUCGGCGGACGGUUGAUGAAGGUCAACACGGAGGUUCGGAGCUUUGGCCCACUGUCGAAGAACGGGUUCUACCUGGCGUUUCAGGACUAUGGUGCCUGUAUGUCGCUGCUCUCGGUCAGAGUGUUUUAUAAGAAGUGCCCCAGUGUGGUGCAGAACUUUGCCAUCUUCCCUGAGACCAUGACGGGGGCGGAGAGCACCUCCCUGGUCAUCGCUAGAGGGAUCUGCAUCCCGAAUUCAGAGGAGGUGGACGUGCCCAUAAAGCUGUACUGCAAUGGAGAUGGCGAGUGGAUGGUUCCUAUCGGGAGCUGCACCUGCAAGGCCGGGUUCGAGACUGAUAACGGGAACGUCUGCCGAGCCUGCCCCCCAGGGACAUUCAAGUCAACCCAGGGUCCAGGCCUGUGUCUGCAGUGCCCCUCCAACAGCCGCUCUGCAGCCGAGGCCGCCACUAUCUGCAUCUGCCGCAAUGGUUACUACCGCGGUGACAUGGACCAGCCUGACAUGCCCUGCACCAGCGUUCCCUCGGGCCCGCGGAACGUGAUAUCCGUCGUGAACGAGACCUCAGUGAUCCUGGAGUGGCACUCGCCUAGGGAGACAGGCGGUCGUGAGGACGUGGUCUACAACAUUGUUUGUAAGAAGUGCCGGGCGGACCGCCGUACCUGUUCACACUGUGACGACAACGUGGAGUUUGUUCCGCGGCAGCUGGGCCUGACGGAAACCAGAGUGUUCAUCAGUAACCUGUGGGCCCACACGCUCUACAGCUUCGAGAUACAGGCCGUCAACGGGGUGACCAAUAAGAGCCCCUACCCUGCCCAGCACGUGUCUAUAGACAUCACCACCAACCAGGCUGCCCCAUCCAUCGUACCCAUCAUGCACCAGGUGAGCUCCACCAUGAAGAGCUUCACAUUGUCAUGGCCACAGCCUGAACAGCCCAACGGAAUCAUCCUGGACUAUGAGCUACGCUUCUACGAGAAGGACCAUUCAGAGAUCAACUCCACCAUGGUGCGCAGCGAGACCAACACAGCCAGGGUGGAGGGCCUCCGGGCGGGCAUGGUCUACGUCGUGCAGGUGCGGGCCAGGACCGUAGCUGGCUUUGGCAAAUACAGCGGCAAGAUGUGCUUCCAAACCCUCACAGAUGAUGACUAUAAGUCAGAGUUGAGAGAGCAGCUUCCUCUAAUCGCAGGGUCAGCUGCAGCAGGAGUGGUGUUCAUCGUCUCUCUAGUGGCCAUCUCCAUCGUCUGCAGCAGGAAACGGGUGUACACCAAGGAAGCGGUGUACAGCGACAAGUUACAGCAUUACAGCACAGGAAGAGGCUCUCCGGGGAUGAAGAUCUACAUCGACCCCUUUACCUACGAGGACCCCAACGAGGCCGUCCGGGAGUUCGCCAAGGAGAUCGAUGUGUCCACCGUCAAGAUCGAAGAGGUCAUUGGUGCAGGUGAGUUUGGUGAGGUGUACAAGGGACGUCUGAAGCUGCCAGGCAAGAGGGAGAUCUACGUGGCCAUUAAGACCCUGAAGGCAGGAUACGUGGAGAAGCAGAGGCGGGACUUCCUGUCCGAGGCGUCAAUCAUGGGACAGUUCGACCACCCCAACAUCAUCAGACUUGAGGGCGUGGUCACCAAGAGUCGGCCAGUCAUGAUCGUCACAGAGUUUAUGGAGAACGGGGCACUUGAUUCCUUCCUGAGGCAAAACGACGGUCAGUUCACCGUGAUCCAGCUGGUGGGCAUGAUGAGGGGCAUCGCGGCGGGCAUGAAGUACCUCUCUGAGAUGAACUACGUCCAUAGAGACCUGGCCGCUCGCAACAUCCUGGUCAACAGCAACCUGGUCUGCAAAGUGUCUGACUUCGGGCUGUCGCGCUACCUCCAGGACGAUACCUCUGACCCCUCCUACACCAGCUCUCUGGGGGGUAAGAUCCCAGUGAGGUGGACAGCUCCAGAGGCCAUCGCCUACAGGAAGUUCACCUCAGCCAGUGACGUGUGGAGCUACGGCAUCGUCAUGUGGGAGGUGAUGUCAUUCGGAGAGAGACCCUACUGGGACAUGUCCAACCAGGAUGUGAUCAAUGCCAUAGAGCAGGACUACCGGCUGCCCCCUCCCAUGGACUGCCCCUCGGCUCUGCACCAGCUCAUGCUGGACUGCUGGCAGAAGGACCGUAACGCGCGGCCACGCUUCGCUGACAUCGUCAACACCCUGGACAAGAUGAUCCGUAACCCAGCCAGUCUGAAACAAGUGGCAAGCAUCCCUGCAGUGCCUUCCCAAACCCUGUUGGAUCAUUCUAUCCCAGACUUCAACACCUUCAGUUCAGUGGGAGAGUGGCUGGGAGCCAUCAAGAUGACCCAGUACAGAGAUAACUUCCUCAACUCUGGCUUCACCUCCCUGCAACUGGUGGCACAGAUUACAUCCGAGUGA